AUCUAAUGGAGAAAUAAAAAUCGAUUUGUUUGUAGCCAAGGAAACAAGAGGGAAUAUGUUUAUUUUUGAAUUUGAUUCUUUUGAUUUCUUGUUUCUGGUAUUUUACUUUAUCAAGUGAUACCAUCGGCUCGUUUAUUGUUAAAGCUUUAUUUUUUAGUUUUUUGAUUUUAAUUUUUCGCUUCAAUAUGAUGUCACAAAAUAUUAAAGUUUAUAUUCGAUGUAGACCCUUGAAAGAAAGUGAGACCCGUAAUGACCAGCUAACGGUUAAGAAAGAGAAAAAAGAGGUCAUUUUGAAAGACAAGACUUUUCUUUUUGACAAUGUUUUUGGUGAAGAUUCUUCUCAGAUCGAGAUAUAUCGUGCUGUCUUGUCACCUUUGAUUGACCAAGUUUUGGAUGGAUUCAAUUGUACAGUUUUCGCUUAUGGGCAGACUGGAACUGGUAAAACUUUCACUAUGGAAGGUGAACAUACACCAAACUGUUGUGAUUGGCAAAGUGAUCCACUGGCUGGUUUGGUUCCAAGAUCAUUUUGUCAGCUAUUUGAGUGCUUAGAUGGACGUGAUUGCACCAUUAAAGUGUCUUUCCUUGAACUUUACAAUGAAGAGCUUUAUGAUUUAUUAGCUCCAUCUGAUGAAAUCACCAAGCUCAAAAUGUUUGAUGACAUAAACAAAAAAGGCUCAGUUAUCGUUUGUAAUUUGGAAGAAACUGUGAUCACAACCAAAGAUCAAGUUUAUAAGCUGUUACAAAAAGGAUCAGCUAAACGUCAAACAGCCGCUACACUGUUAAAUGCCUGUUCAUCUAGAAGUCAUACUAUUUUUACAAUUACAGUCUAUGUUACCGAUGAAACUGCUAAUGGAGAUGAAAUGGUUAGAAUUGGUAAAUUGAACCUUGUGGAUUUGGCUGGAAGUGAAAGUUUAUCACGAUCUGGUGCCGUUGAUCGACGAGCAAGAGAGGCCACCUGUAUAAAUCAAAGCUUAUUAUCUUUAGGAAGAGUAAUAAACUGUCUGGUUACCAAAUCAACUUCUCAUGUCCCCUAUCGGGAAUCAAAAUUGACACGACUUCUGCAAGAUUCUCUUGGAGGUAGAACUAGAACUUCAAUUGUUGCAACUAUAUCCCCAUCAGUUGACGAUUUUGAAGAUACAGCAAGUACCUUAGAAUAUGCUCAAAGAGCAAAGAGGAUCACAAAUAAACCAGAGGCUAAUAAAAGAAUCAACAAGAAAGCGUUUUUGCGUGAUUAUGCUGAAAAAAUUGCCAAACUUCAAAAGGAUUUAACGAAUUGUAUCAACAAGGAAGGAAUUUAUCUCGAUGGAAAUGAUUACAAUUCAAUGAUUGAUAAAGUUACAAAACAUGAAAAAAUGAUGGAAGAGAUACAAGGUCAGAUUGCUGCACAAAUUCAAGAUAUGGAAAGAGUCAAUAAAGAUUUACAAGGAACCAAGAAAAUUCUUCAGCAAAAAGAAGAGGAACUGGAAAAUAAAUCUAAAGCAAUGCAGCGCAUAUUAACUUUUGCUGAAAAUUCAUCUAAAGAUGCGUCCAUAUUGUUCAACAAAGUAAGCAAAUUGAAAAAUAAUGAAGCUAAUAACAAAAAAAUCAUCGAGCAACUGCAUAAUAAUCUUGAUCAACAAGACGUAAACUUCGAUCGAAUGUUAGAAUGUCGGAUGGAAGAGUUGCAGGAUAAAAUCGAAAACAAUGCAAAGGUUUUACGGAAUAAACUAUCGGAAAUGUCAGAGCGUAUAAAUAAAGACAGGAGUUGGAUAUUUGAAUACAUCGAAGACUUCAGACUACAAGUUGAGAAGCGGUUCAUUGAAGAACAAGAAAUUGUAAACAAUUUUGCAACCGAGAUAGAUGAGUAUUCAACUCAAUGCAAUGAAAUGUUAAGUAAUAUGAGACAUGAAUUUAGGAGAGAAAAUCGUUACCGUAAAAUCGAUUUACAAAAGCUUACCCGUCAAUUAGUCAUCGAUUCACCAACAGGCAAAACACCAAGAAAAAUAAUUCGUCAGAUAACUGAUUUGCCGCCAAUUACACCUGAAGAUGCUUCAUUGUAAAUAAAUAGUUAAACAGCAAAAAAAGAAUCAACUCAACUUUUUCAAAUUGUUAUGAUUAUUUUAUAAAUAGAAACGAUGCUUUUACUUUUAA